AUGUGCACGACCAAGUACGCAGUUGCCUCAUAUCCAUUGAAACGUGUACGAGAGAUGUUUCAUGACGACCAUGACUUCAUGCUGACUCCCGCGCAGCAAGCGAUACUGCAUGGGAGAAAAGCGUCUUCAAACCUCACCGCGUACUGGGGCGAUGAUGGCGGGUUCCCUCUCAUUCCCUUUGCCUUCUAUGAUGAUUCUAACCAGAGUGUAAUUUCGGGGUCAGCUUCAGCAACUUAUCAUUUGACAAGCCACAUCAAAGCAUCAUAUGUCAACCGAUACAAGGUUUGGAUGGCCAUCUUGGAAUGGAAUCAGGCAACUUGCAUCAACUUCAUGGAAGUGUCUACAGGGUACAGUGGCCCACACUUGAAGAUACAGAGACAUUCUGAGGACUGCAGUUCCUUCAUUGGCAUGGUAUCCACAACUGGUCAAGAUUUUUAUAUUUCUGAGGAAUGCGAGGGCCAGCAUGGCGAGUUGCUGCACUUGCUUGGCUACGCAGUCGGAUUUUGGCCAGAGGAGACUCGCUCAGAUCGUAAUUAUUAUGUCCGGAUUAAUGAUAACAACGUUCUGGAACCUGUGAUGGACAACUUCCCCAUUCAUUCUGAUAAUAACUACAGCAUCCCGUUCGACUACUGUUCUAUCAUGUUUCACCAUGAGCGGGCUUUCACGAAUAAUGGCGGAAUAACAAUAGCAACAUUAGACCCCUUAUACCAAGGGGUUCUUGGACAGCGCUCUCAGAUAUCUCACAUGGACAAAUUAUUGGCAAACACUAUGUACCAGUGUACAGACAAGUUGCUGAGCCAGUGUUCGCUGGGGAAUGAUCCUUGUUUGAACAAUGGAUACCUGGACACAUCAUGUACCUGCAUAUGUCCGGGUGGUACAGACGGAACCUACUGUGAUACUAUCACUACUCCCUACAAUGAGCAUAUCUCUGCCGAAACUACCAUCUCCUCACCAAGUUUUUCAACUUCACCUACUGUCGUGUAUGCCCGACGCGAUAUUAAUACAAUAGUCGACGUUAAAACUGGAAGGUAG